UUUUACAAUUGCAGAAGCUGUGUUUUAGCCGCUGUAGCCGAGGUGAAUUAACUGGUGAUAAAAUAUUGCAGGCAUCAACAGUGUGUCACAAUUUAACUCAUGUUGAUGCUAGUUGGUGUUCAGUGACAGACUCAGGGUUGUCUGCCAUUGCAAAAUCCUGUGAUAGGUUGGAAAGUUUAUGCUUAAAUGGUUGUGGAUUGAUGUCAGACAAUGGGUUGAAAAUACUGGUAUCGAAACAUUCGGAAAGCUUACAAGAAUUAGAAAUGUUUGGCUGUUUUAACAUCACUUCUCGAGGAAUCCGGCACCUUGCUAGUGUAUGCACUAAUCUACGCACCUUACAGCUAGGACAAUGUUAUAAGCUGACAGAUUCCUGCAUUGCUGAAGUAUCAAGUAGUUUAUGCUGCGUUCAAAACUUGGAUCUCAGGGGUUGUAAGCAGAUCAAAGAUAGUUGUAUUGAAAAGAUUGUUGCUAACUGUUCCCGGUUACACACUUUAGCAUUGGCCAAUUGUCCAAAUAUUAGUAACAAUGCUAUGCAAAAGAUAGCUUCCACUCUUCCAGGUAUCCGGAGUAUUGAUGUUUGUGGCUGCAAGCUAAUCACAGAUGAGAGUGUGAAUCGAUUAGCUACUAACUGUCGCCAGCUUGUUUAUUUAGAUAUCAGUUCUACAGGCUGCACAUACAAAAGUAUAUGCAGACUAGCUGAACAGGGAUCAAAUGAUCUUGAAACUUUAAAACUUAAUUUUAUUACUGGAAUUACUGAGACCAGUCUAACAAAACUCACUAAUAGUUGUAAAAGAUUGACAACUCUACAUUUGUACGGGUGCAAACGAGUGAAGAAUCUAGAGAAAAUCCAAGCUCUACAUCCAAACUUAAUUAUUGAAGCAGACAGAGACUGAACAGAUCUUAAUCUUUUUAGUUGUUUGAGACUUUAACUGAACUACAAUCUAGUCUCUCCUUUCUAAAGCUGACUGUCCGUAGUAUGCUUUGGCCUCCUCACUUAUCAAUUAUAUCAGACAACUGUAUAUUUCCAAUGCAAUAACUUAUAUUGUGACAAUAUAACUAUUUUCUUUCUGCUCCUUUCACAUUAUAAACUAAUAUUUUAUCUCCUUUUUAAUGAGUAAUUGGUAACAAUAGAUGGAACUACUAAAUGUGGCAUUCAGAAUUCUAAAGAAUAGAAACAUUGCCAAAAAUAAAAAAAUUAAAAAAAAAUUAAAAAAAAGGACAGCACAAGAAAAUAACUUAUCAAGUAUUCUUAUUCUUUGGCUAGAUUUACUAUGGAUGAUAACACCUUAGAAACAUUCUUGAUGCCGAAGAGUUUGGCCUGCUUGAAAUUUGUGGAUUGCUUCUAUUGCAAUGACUGCAAUAUUUCAAUCUUUACUUACACACAUAAUUGAAAGGAAAAA